AGCGCUCCGGCUCGAAGUCGGCGAAUUCGAGAUUUUGAGUUGCGGUGAUGCUGAAAUUCCUGAGCCUUUACUUCCCAGUGAUCUAGCAGAGGCCUUUGCAUUUUGCGCGCGCCAUGCUGCACAUCUUCCUGCUAUCCUUUGUUGCGGCGACAGCGAACGGACAGAGCGGACUGCAGGUGAAGAGGAUCAUUGAGAUCAACCAGACGAACACCACAGAUUCCGACCUGGAGCCUGACCCCAUGUACGACUACUACGAAGACUUGAUGAACACCAGCUACGAAAGUGCUGGGCUGGAGAGGCGUGGUGGCUGGGGUGUUGGAGGUGACAAGCUUUGGGGCAAUGGCCGUGGCGUGGAGGAUAUCAACAGCGGCAACGUGGGCUACUACAACGCGGGCAUGCGGAGUGCUCGGAACCGCUGUGGAGGCUCCAGCUGCGCGUUGAUUGUGAACCCCCCAGGACACCGCAGCAUCGACAAGUUCCACAUCCACUUUGUGCACUAUCAUUCCUACGGAUCCAGCCUCAAGCACCGCCUGGAGAAGAAAGUCUGCGGCCGCAGUGGCUGGCAACGUGGGCACCUGCCGUGCCAUGGCAAGGCCAUUUUCUCCUCCGGCUUCCCCAACGUCUUCAGCCUGGCGAUGUCUGGCGGCGGCCUACGCCAUGCCUCCGUCAUCGCUUGGCCGGCGUCGUGCGGCGGCAAGGGCACCAUCGUGCAACUGGCCUACGGAUGCUCCAUCGAGCACCAGAUCCGGGGCGACUACAACCCUGCACUGCGCUAAGGAGACACGGUUGCCCAGUGGCACUGUGUUCCCUAUUUGGGGAGGGGUCAACCAGCAAAAUAAAGGCAUCUUUCUUUCACAUUGAAGUGCACCGGGCUUCGAAGGAGCGCGGGUAAAAUGGCUUCGAAGAAAGCCGCAGCAAGAUCUGAGGAAAUCGUCGGCACUAAUUACGCCACGGCGACAUACGAUCGCCACAAUGGCACUCGCAACGUGUAAAGUUAAUUGGACAUAUUCCGGGUCCGCAGGGGUGGACCGUGGCUGUCUGGGUUGUUCAAGAUCAUGUCC